UAAUUCGGCUUUUGCUCUGUCUGAUGGCACGUUGUUGACAUGCCGGUUUGAUUUGCUGCUACCGCGUGAAUUUGUAAAAUUGUUUUGAAGAAUAUUUGUGAAAAAAACGUCGUUUCGUCCAUCAUGGCGAAGAAAUUCCGGACACAUUCUGCGUACGAUGAUGCCGAUCAUCGAAAUGAAAAACCUGCCAAGCAGAAAUCGAGCAGUGGUGUCGCCAACCUCAUGGGCCUGUCCUUGAAUUCGAAGAAGAUCAAGAAGGAGAAAAAACGCAAGGAUAAUGGACCGAAAAAUUUGGAUGUGGUCUCUGGUUCCGUCGGGACGAAUAAUAGCGGUAGCGAAUCCGCUAUGCAGUCUGAGAAAAAGAAAAAGGGCAAAAAACAUAAGACUCCAAAAACUGAACCGUUUGGUUCCGGAGAAAGACAAUUGAAAACCGAAGUUGAACCUGACAUUGUAGCAGUUCCGGAAAAAUCCAAAAAGAAAAAAAAAUUCGCCAACCAAACGGAAGUUGAUGAAUCCCAGACUGUAAUUGAUGUGAAGAAACUGAAAAUUGAAAAAACUGAAACCAGUAACCCGAAGAAAAUCAAAAAAGAGAAGAAUCGCACUACAAAAGUGGGAACGAAUAGCCAAGCACAGACUCCACCCACCUUACUGGUCAAGGAUGUCAAGGUUGAACGAGAUGAGGAAGCUACUGUUCCGAAGAAACCUGGCAAACACAAGCGUCAGGAAUCGGAAGGACAAUCUGAUGAGAUUUCGCCGAAGAAAAAGCUUAAGAAGAAAAAUAAGCAUAAUAAGAAUCAGAGCAAUGAGAAGGGUCACUUUGAACAGAAACCGAAAGACACUGCGGAACAGAAACCAAAAGCGAAGAAUAUUGUCGCGGAUCGGGACGUGGUCACCUCAGAGAGUGAAUCCGAAGAUGAACCAGAAGAAAACGAAAUGGAUAAAGUCAAUCAAAAUAUUCUGAAGCAGUAUUCAUCAAAGGCUGAUAAACAGAAGGUACCUGAUGAUGAUUCCAAAGAAAAAGAAAAGGAGGUCAAGAAAGAAAAACGAUUCACAGGGCCAGAGCACUCAAUAUUCAUCGGUAAUCUUCCGAAUACGGCCAAGAAAUCCACGAUGAAAUCGCUGUUCAAAAAGUACGGUAAAAUAUUGACCAUGCGAUUCCGGACGAACGAUGGUGUGACGCUAUUCAAGAAGAAGGACCGCAAGGAAGCGAAAGCUCUGAAUUGCUACAUUCGCUUCGAGACUAAAGCGGAAGCACAGGCGGCCUGCGCCAUGAAUGGCCACUUGGUCGAGGGGAACCGCAUUCGAGUGACGAUGCACUUGCAAAAGCAGAUGGGCCACGCGUCCUCGACGGUGUUCGUCGGAAACAUCAAUCACAAAACCACCGACAACGAGUUGUACGACUUUUUUAAUCGCAUUGGCGAGAUCGAGUACGUCCGGCAGAUCGCUGACAAGGGUAUCGGAUACGUGUGCUUCAAGAAGGGAGUGUCGAUUGCGAAGGCACUCAAAUUGAACGAACAGCUACUGAACGGGAGACCUCUUCGCAUAAUGAAGGUCGAUCCAAAUAAGCAGGUCAAACGUAGGAAUAAGAAAGGCAACCUCGUCGAUAAGCAUCACCGAGGCGGUAAGCAACCGGUAGCGUUUGAGAGAGGCGAUCGUAAAGAGGAUGGGUCGUCGAAGCAAAAACGACCGCCAAAGGAGUUCCACGGUGCCGUUGCUGCUAUUCCGGGCAAGAAACACAACAAGAUGAAGAAGGGAGGUUCGGAUAGGAAGAAGAAAAUGCUGGCUCAGAAGCUCAAUGCGGCCGGCCGAAAUAAGUAAAACUGAAUUUACAACUGAAUAUUUCAUUUUUUUAUUGUUUGUAUUUUACACAUGAAAUACAUGAGUUUAUUGCCAAAACA